AGAGUGUGUGUGAGAUAUACACCAAAGGAGAGAUGUGCUAUAUAGACCAAAAGAACGAGGGGUAUGACAUUGAUGGUCCAUGUGAAAUGCAAACAAGGCUGUCUCAGCCCUGAUUUGGUUUUCAACUUCGUAGGCAGAUCUAGCUCUGGGUUUAUGAAGAGACACCAGACACACACCAGAGACAGACCUAGGAUUAACAGCUGCAGAAGGUGACCAUGUCUCGUUUGUGUUUCUCACUCCUUAUGUGUGUGGUUUUGCUUGCAGUGCUCUGUUUUACAGGGGCAGUGGAAAUCCAGGCUGAAUCAAGGGGAAAAAGAGGAGUGCCUAACUGGGCGAUGACAUCUUCAGACUUUUUUGGCUGGGUUGAAGAGCUGCGUUCUCACGCUGGUUAUGAAAAGAUCGAAGAUUUGGCUAGAACCUUCUGGGCUCACUUUCCUUCCGCUAGCCACCUGGGUUACGAACCUUCAUCUCCAGAAGAAUAAUGUCGCAUGAGUACCACCUGAAUCUCUGUGUUAAUAAGAUCAUUUAAGAUAAUUUAAAACCAAAUCAGAUUUGAAACCUAUGACAGGUUCAUUUUAUGGUUUUGGUGGUGUGAAACAUGUUCUGCAAAAGCUAACUGAAUCAAAUAAAGUACUGUUCCUGUCCACAAGACAUCUUUAUUUUUUAGUAAUUUUGCUGGUUCUUCUGAGGAAAAUAAAUAAAUGUUACAAUGCAUAUCUCAUACACAAAUUUGUGUGAGCAACAGAUCUAGGGAAACAACAGAUAGCCGUUGUUCUGAAGCAUAAGAGGUGAUACCUUUGGGACGCAGGUGUUUUGGUAUGGAGAUGGGAAUCCAGGCCAGGUGCAAAUAGAUGACCCCAAAAAUACACUCACCCCCUCAGGACAAAUACGUGCAGGAACACAAACCCUCUGAUGUUUGACUGUAGACUUAAAUAACAUCAGUACACCACGAUGGACACAUUUAUAUUCUGUAUAUUCUAAUGAAAAUACCCAUACAUGAAAUCCCUUCCUAAACCAUAAAUCUUGCAUUGAUUGAUUCUACAUCCACAGAACAUUUCCACAAAAGAAAAAAGGUGGAAAAAGAGUCUACAGACAUUAAAUAGGUGAGAAAGAAAUGGUUCCUUAUUAACUUAAAAUGAUCUUCUGAGGCAUCAUUAUAAAAGUCCUUUAAAAACCUUUUUUAAGGAGUGUAAUCUUGGGAAAAUUUCAUCAAUUUAAUAUAUAAAAGUGCAAGCAAUAUGAACGGAAAUAUCUGACUGGUAUUUUGUUUAAGGAUAUUUACCAGUAGUAACUUUAUCAAAUGAUUUACUUUCUAUCUUGGCCUUUCUGAAAUAGCCACACACCUGAAGUCCCACAUCAUGCUGGCACUUCAAAGCUAUUGCAGGAAAUUGAGUUAAAAAGAAAAAGAUGUUUAUUGCAAUUGGAAAUUCCCAAAAUGCAUUGCGGCUUCUGCUUUGAAAUAUGCCCUCUAGAAAAACAGGAAAGAUAAAAAUGAGCGCAAAAUAGGAUUACCAAACUCAUGGCAUGAGAUAUCAAUUUUAAGCAGCCUGUUGGCUGUGACUGGGCAAUGGCAUUAUAGUGCAUGGUUCAAACAACACCAAAGUCAUUGGUUUAAAAGAAUGUAUUUAUUUAUUAACGAAAAGGUAGCUUAAAUGAACUAUAUGGUGUGUUGGAUAAAAGUGUCUGCCAAAAUGAAUGAAUGCAAGAAAUCGUCUAACACAGAUGUUUGUUUUAGGCAGUCAUUAAAAAAUAAUGUUGCUUCUCGUCUUACUUUAAGAUGGUGAUCACUAAGAUUAUUAAAAAAUAUAUUAAAAAGGAUAAAAAGCAAUACCUCUGAUCAUGGAACGGACUGAAGUACUGGUCA